CUUCACGCAGCAAACCCCCAAAUUCCAUCUCCUAUUUUGACCGCGUUUGCUUCGAAUAUACCAUCAGCAUCAGCCAGUUCAAUCAUCGACAUUGCGCGGGUUGGUUGUUUGGCUUAUUUUCUACUUGAUGUCUUUGCGCCGAUCUUGAGCGCCACAAGCUCAACCGCGACCCAGGCCGCGCCCAUGCAUGCUUUGACGUGAAAUCAUAUCUAGACGCGCAUAAAGAACCGCGAAGUUCAAUUAUACCCGUCGCCGAUAACGUUCCAUCAUAUUUACGCGCAAACAACGUAUCAACCAUGGUUAGCAAACGCAAAAGGGUCCUCGAGGACUUUGAUCCCAACCAGUCCGAUCCCGAAGACGAGAAUUUCGACCCUUCAGAAGCUGGACCACCCCGAAAAAGCACAAAGAAGCACUCCCGUUCACGCAGCGGAAAACCCAGCCGCCGACGCAGAAACGGUUACGGGGGAUCGGACAUCGAUGAUGACGAGGAUGAAGUCUCCGAUAGCAACGAGGAAGAUUUUCUCGAUGACGAUGACGAGGAAGAGGAUGAUGCUGCUGCUCCUGUGAAUGCCGCUGGUCGUCGCGCCAGAAAGGCUGCCACGCAGCCCCGCAACUACGCAGAAAGUAGCGAAGAAGAAGCAUCAGCUACUGGCGAUGAAUCUGAUAAGCCAGGUGACGAGGAUAUCAAAGUUGACGAAGACGAAGACGUCAAAGAAGACGACGCUGAAGGCGAGCCAGUAGAGGAGCCUGCCAGGUCAACUAGAUCCAGGGUUGUCAAGCUGAAACUUACCAACACCAAGUUGCCUGCGCCUCGUAGGACUACUCGGGCUCAUACAGAGGAAGCUGAAGAGUUCCUCGAACUUUCCAAUUCUGGAAAACACGCCGUCCCGUCACGCGAUUCGCGAAGUAGAAGCCCUGAGACACUCGCUCGGAGCACGAGAGCUACUCGUGGGUUUAAGGGUCUCAAGAAAGCCCCCGAGACGAUUCAAGAGGCUACACAGGAAAGCAGCUUUAAGGAAGUGAGAGAAGCCGACCAGCCCGAUGAAUUAUCUCAAGAUCCUGAAGAGCUCGAAAAGAAAGAGGUGGCUGAUCAAGAAAUGCUAGAUGCUGCUGAUCAGGAUGCACCUGGAGAAGAUGCGCCUGUGCAGACGGUGGAGGAGGAUGAGGAUGAGGAUGAUGUACCUGUCACUCGCCGAACCCGUGGGUCCCGCGCCAACGCCUCUGUAGCACCGGAAGAAGCUGAAUCGGACGCUGGACCUAGAAAGCCGCGUCGACUAACCCGCAAAUCGAGCAAAAAGUCUCAAGAAGUCAGCAGCGACUUCGAACCGGGCGACGAAUCUGACGAUGCAGAGGGCUCCGGUGCAGAAAAGCCCCUACCUCAAGAUGAUGACGACGUUGAUAGCCCGGUUCCUCGCGGCCGACGCUCCCAGCCUGCCAGAUCCCGUCGUGGUGCAGACUCUGGAGACGAGGAACCCGAAUUUGACUUGGACGAGCUGAAUGAAGAGGCCCGAGAACUUAGGCAGGACUCGCGCUCUCGUCGCCGUCGCCCAAGGAAAGAAUCGCCCAUAGUUUACCAGGAAAGCACUCGGCGAGCGAGAACACGCGUGAAUUAUUACAUGCCUCCUCUCACCUCGGCUAAUAUUGAAGAGGAAGAGGUUGAGGCUCCUGCUACACAAUCGCGCUCGCGCCGAGGACGUGGCGGUGCCAGCCAAGGUUGGGAGCGCAGCCUCAACACCACAUUUGGACCCUUCGGAGGCGGCGGUGGAGCCGGAUCCCUUCUUAAUGGGCCUUGGGGUACUGGUGCAGCUGGCGGGGUCGAUUCAGACAGCAGUGACGAUGAGAUGGUGCAUCGCUCUAGUGUAGCUGGUAAUGUUGGUAUGACACCGACAACUGCGACUCACGGUGGGCUUCUUCCUGGUGUCCCUGGUCUAAACCCCGAUGCUGGCGCUCCCAACGUUGGCAAGAUUAAGGACCGGAAAGCCCUUGCGGAUGCUGACCCUCUUGGUGUUGACCUGAACGUUGACUUCAGCAAGGUUGGUGGUCUCCAAGGACAUAUCGACCAGUUGAAAGAAAUGGUGCAACUUCCCUUGCUCUAUCCCGAGCUUUUCACGCGAUUCCACGUCACUCCACCUCGUGGUGUUUUGUUUCAUGGCCCUCCUGGAACAGGUAAAACACUGCUUGCUCGUGCUCUGGCCAACUCGGUCGGCUCUGGCGGUCGCAAGAUCUCAUUCUACAUGCGCAAGGGUGCCGAUGCCCUGAGCAAGUGGGUGGGUGAAGCCGAGAAACAGCUUCGAUUGCUCUUCGAGGAAGCGCGCAGAACUCAGCCCAGUAUCAUUUUCUUCGAUGAGAUUGACGGUCUUGCGCCAGUUCGUUCCAGCAAGCAGGAACAGAUUCAUGCCUCCAUUGUCUCAACCCUGUUGGCAUUGAUGGAUGGCAUGGACGGUCGUGGCCAAGUCAUUGUUAUUGGAGCCACCAACCGACCUGACAACAUUGACCCCGCUCUUCGCCGACCUGGUCGAUUCGACCGAGAGUUUUACUUCCCCUUGCCUGAUAUCGAAGGGCGAAAGUCAAUUCUCAACAUUCAUACAGCAGACUGGGGACUAUCAGAGAAGUUCAAAGACUCCCUAGCCGAGAACACAAAGGGCUAUGGUGGUGCUGAUUUACGAGCUCUCUGUACAGAAGCAGCUCUGAAUGCUAUUCAACGAACCUAUCCUCAAAUCUACGCCUCCAAGGAAAAACUUGUGGUCGACCCCGAGAAGAUCGGCGUUCAUGCCACUGACUUUAUGCUGUCCAUCAAGAAGCUUAUUCCCUCCUCUGAGCGAUCAGCUACAUCUGGUGCUAAGCCACUUCCCAAAUCGAUAGAGCCGCUGCUACGCAAACAGUUUAACGAAGCCAAGACUGCCCUUGAUGAGCUGUUACCUCGUAGGAAGAAGAUGACGGCUCUUCAAGAAGCCAUGUACGAGCAGUUCGAUGACGAUGAUCAUGGCUUUGGCAGAGAAACUAUGCACCAAGAGUUUGAGCGAUCCAGAGUGUUCCGCCCUCGCUUCAUCAUAUAUGGUGUUAGCGGCAUGGGCCAGAGUUACGUUGCUUCUGCCAUUCUUCACCAUUUUGAGGGUGUUCAUGUUCAGAAUUUUGACCUUCCCAGCAUCUUGGGCGAUGGAAGGGCUAUGGAGCAGGUCAUUGUCGGCCUCUUUACGGAAGUUAGACGACACAAACCUAGCGUUAUUUAUAUUCCUAACAUCGAAGCUUGGUAUAUGGCACUACACAACACUCUUGCUCUUACAACUUUCAAGACUAUGUUACGAUCUAUUCCUCCUACAGAUCCAGUUCUUCUUCUCGCGACAGCAGAGGGUGAUAGAGAAGAGCUUCCCAGUGAACUCUUCCGCGACUUUUUUGGAUUCUCAAAGAAGAACCAAAUGAAAAUUGAGAAGCCUGAUCUGCACUCUCGAAUGGAAUAUUUCAGCACAACGAUGCAAUAUGCUAAGAAGAAACCCCGCGAGUUCCCCGACCCUGAAAAUCGCAAGAAGAGGGUUCUCGAGGAGCUUCCCGUGGCACCUCCAAUUGAACCCCCGCCCCCUACCAAGGCCGAUAUGAAGGCUGCACAGAAGAAAGACCACCAGCUUCUCAAUGCUCUCAAGAUCCAGCUUCAGCCCAUUAUGGACCAGAUCAACCGAAAGUACAAGAAGUUUAGACAGCCUGUUAUUCCUCAAACUCAGAUCGACUAUCUCUUCGCUGAGUCAGACCCCAAUUAUGUGCGUCCGGACCUUGAAGCUGGACAUGUUCGACCAUAUGAGAUCGUCAAGGACAAGUACGACAAUGACGUUCUCAGAGAUACCGCAACUGGGAAGUGUUAUUAUAAUCUCGAGACAACCACCAUCGAAGAGCGCUUGUCAAAUGGCUUCUAUGCCCGCCCUAAGGACUUUCUCUUCGAUAUCAAGGCUCUUGCAAAAGACGCCAAAAAUAUUGGAGAUAAGGAGCGAACCCUCAAGGCCAAUGAACUUCUCAGCAACGUCGAGGUCGACGUCGCUAGUAUUGAAAACCAAACCUCUCAAGUUGACUGGGAAGCGCUAUACAGACGCCAAGUUCAGCGCGCCAAGGAUGCUACCGAGAAGGAGAGAAAGCGAAAAGCUAUGCAGUCUCUCGUAGAUCGUGUGCAAUCUGAUCUGGGCGGUAAUGACAGUGAUUCUCAGGGCCCUGUUACUCUGGGAGAAGCCGUGCCAGGAUCGAGGACGACUGCCAGGUUCCAAGUUAGAAGCCCACUUUCGAAUGGUCAUGGCACCUCUGGCCAGGAUUCGUCACACCCCUUGAGUAAUGGCCUCACUCACCCAUUGGGAGAGGAUGUCCAGAUGAGUGGUGUCCACGAUGAUACGCAGGCCAUGUCUGACAUGGGACCUCCGCCUAAGUCUCAUGAUCCCAGCGUGGCUCAUACUGGCAUGACCCAGAUCUCACAGAAGUCAGUAGUGACUACUCUUCCUCCAGGAGUUUCACCAUCAGCUGUUAUCAACGAGGCUUCAACAACCAAAACCUCAGACCCCUCGACUCAUCAUUCGUCAAACUUUAGUCAAAUGACAAAUGGUGGCCACGCUGAGAACCGAGGUGUUGAGGAUGAUAGCCAGGUCGACAUCCCAGACACGCUGCUCGUAGCUGGGCACAACACUUCUGGAGAAGACUCUUGGUUGCACUCUCAAGCUCAGGCUGCUGCGGCAGGCGGUAACCUUGUGCAAGGAUCGGGUAUUUCUGGUAGUCCACCUUCGCAGCGAUCAUCAGGUUUCAAGGCUCAGAGCGUGGGCGGAAUGGCCAACAUUCUCAAUGAUCAGACUUCUGACGAACACCAGUCGGUUCGCAACUCAGGCUCAUCCACCUCCGCUUCUCAACCCUUUGCUGCAGGCGAGAUAGAAGGAUUCCUUCAGAACGUAACUGACAUGACAACCGGCUGUACUAUUGAGCAACUGGAACAAAUCAACCGUGAGCUCAUGGACGCCAUAUGGCGCACAAGAAAUGAGUGGAACCGCAGCAGAGUUAUUGACCAAAUCCUGGACGUGUUCAACAAGACCAUGGAGGACAUUGAUGGCAUGCAAGGAGUGGGACCAGGUAGUCAAGUCCCCUAUUGAUGGCUGGCGCACCAUAGGAUCUCAGGAGAUACGUGUUUUUGUAAAAUGGCAAGGGAAGGAAUGGAAAGGAGGGGUUUCAAAGAGUCGGGUGUACGUUUGUAAUCAUGUCCAGGAGUUUGGUGAACGCAGCUUCCAUGGCCAAGGAGGUAUUAGAUGUGUGUUCUAGAGGAUAUCAUGGC